AUGCAUUUAACACAGAAAAUUAUUAACGGACAUUCUACCAAGAUAAUUUUUACAGAAGGAAAAAGGGGAAAAAAGGAUGUACAUAGCGUCCUUCCUGCAUGUGUUUACAUACGGUAUAACCUACAUAUGAGAUAUAAAAUGUCCACAUACGAAUUACUCCUGUGUACAAUUCUAAACUUUAGUGAAAAAGAAAUUAGAAAUUGCACCAUGGAAACCGGGCUAACACCGGUUGUCCCAACAGACCUUUCCGUAAUUAACAUGAACAUAGCAAUAUGUUGCGAAUAUGUAAAGGUAACUACUCCUUUAGACAGGAAAGGUAAGGAACAAUAUUGA